AUGGAGGUAGAGAAAAUUCUUCACAUGAAGGAAGGACUUGGGCAAAGUAGUUAUGCAAAGAACUCCUCACUUCAGAAAACUAUGAUAGCAAAGUCAAGACCAGCAAUACAAGAAAGCAUAAGAGAACUGUACCAUGCAUUACUGCCAGAAUCCCUUAUGAUAGCAGACUUUGGUUGUUCAUCUGGGCCUAAUUCUCUGCUGGUAGUCUCGGAGAUCAUUGAUACAAUCGAUCAAGAACGACAAAGUUUGAAUCGGAAAUCCCCUAUGUUUGGGGUGUUUCUCAAUGAUCUUCCAGGGAACGAUUACAAUGCCAUCUUUAACUUGCUCCCAAGUUUAUACGAGAGUCUACAGCAAGAAAAAGGAAGUGAUUUCGGACCAUGCUUUGUAUCAGGCACGCCCAAGUCAUUCUAUGGAAGAGUCUUUCCUGAUCAAUUUCUACACUUUGUCCACUCUUCCUACAGUAUACAUUGGCUUUCUCAGGUACCAAAAGGAUUGGGAAGUAAGACUGGAGAAGCACUGAACAAGGGAAAUAUUUACAUCACAAAAACGAGCCCUCCAGAGAUAUCACAUGCAUUUUUUGCACAGUUUAAGAGAGACUUCACUGUCUUCUUAAACUCACGAGCAAAGGAGUUGGUGUCUGGGGGACAAAUGGUCUUGACUCUGCAGGGUAGCAUCCAGAGAGAUGACCCUGACUCAAUCUGGGAGUUGCUUGGCUCUACCCUCCACAAUAUGGUUUUAGAGGGUAUAAUUGAACAGGAAAAACUGGACAGAUUCGACAUGCCAUUUUAUGCACCUACACUCGAGGAGGUGAGAAAAUUGGUUGAGGCUGAAGGAUCAUAUUCGAUUAACAAACUUGAAACUUUUACAGUUGAUUGGAGCGUUGACACCAAUCAAAGCCUUAACAACAGAGCCAAAUUUGUUGCCAAGACUAUAAGAGCUGUUACAGAGUCUAUACUUGCAACUGCAUUUGGUGAGGCAGUCAUGAAUGAUUUGUUUGUUAUGUUCGAAAUGAGGGUCAAGGAACGUAUGGCUCAAGAACGAAGUGAAUACUUAAACAUUGUGGUGUCAAUGAUUAAGAGAGACUAUAGUUAAUCUCAGAAUAACUGUUGUAUGGCUCCAUAGCAUAAAGUGUCAAGGAAAAAUCUUUACUAGUUUGAAAUAGAUGCUCUAGAAGCAGAGCAAGAUCUCUUAUAAUUAUAAUAUUGAUGCA